UCCAGACACGUCCUCAACAACAUGCUGCGCGAGCCGUAUCUAAUUCCAGAUCUGGUACUAGCCAAACACAUCGAGCAGUGCACAGUAAAUGACUGCUGUUAUGGACCGCUGGUCGACUGCAUCAAACAUGCCAUCGGUCUGGAACAUGAAGACACUCUGAGAGACAAACUCAGGGAGAGAAACCUGUCGUUUUUAGAUGAGAAUCAGCUGCGGGUCAAAGGAUACGACAAAACCCCAGACAUCAUUCUGGAGGUGCCGAUCGCUGUUGAUGGCCACAUCGUUCACUGGAUCGAGAGUAAAGCUUCAUUUGGAGACGAUCACAGUCACAACACAUACCUGAACGAGCAGUUCUGGAGCUACUGCAACAGGUUUGGUCCGGGUCUGGUCAUCUACUGGUUCGGCUUCAUCUCGGAGCUGGACUGCCAGCGGGAGCGAGGGAUCCUGCUGAAGGACGGCUUCCCCACGGACAUCAGCAGCCUGUGUGCGGGAUCCCAGCGCUGAGGACGGGGCGUUUCUGAUGGCAUGAAGAUCCGGAAGCAAUUUAAGCUUUCCUGCAGCCAGAGACUCUGACAAACAUGUGCUGUGAACUCCAUCUGAACCAGCCGAGGUCAGUGUGAAGCCCAGCGGCGCCACGUCACUGCUGCUGACCCCUGUGUGUGUGUGUGUGUGUGUGUGUGUGUGUGUGUGUGUGUGUGUGUGCUGGUUACACUUUAUUUUAAGUCUCCUUAACUAUUAUACAUACAUUUCAACUGCUAAAACUGCUAAAUAAUGCACGUUUGUGUCUUGUUUCUAGUCCAAAUAUCUGAAAAUUCUGAAAUCAAGAAGCGUUUUCUAGACUAGCCAAACAUAUUGUGGUGUUUUCAGAAGUAAUGAGUCGAAAUGAAGUGAGUUUAUCCCCUUAAAAUAAGCAAAAUAAUCUGACAAUGGGGGAAGUAAAGAAGUCAGGUUUACACACCGUUCUGCUGACCCCAUUAGCAGAUUAUUUAGCUUGUUUUAAGGAAAAACUCACCUGAUUUCGACUCAUUUGCAUGUAAUAACAAUUUUUACGUUAAUAAUUACACCGGUGACCAUCCCUCACACCUUAACCCACUCUUAACCCUUCCCAUAUCACUAAACCUGUCACUAACCCAACCCGGAUCCCAGAUUAAUAGCACCAUAACUGUUCUGCAAUGCAUUAUAAACAGGAUUAGUACAUUGUGCUUAUGUGUUGAUGUGCAUAGCAGUUGAUGCGACUUCAAAUAAAGUGUAUGAAUGUGUUACAUGUUGAUAUGUAAUAAAUAAAGUGUGUGUUCUUCAUA